AUUUAAAAUUACUUUACAUAUUGGUGGCCAUUUAUCUCUCGCUACACUACAUACAAUAGCAGCAACAGGAAUAGCAAAGGAAUUGACCCCAUACGCACAACCUGCAACUAGCUCACAACCCCGGGAGGUAGAAAUAACAAAAUGUUUCAUUUUGUGGCCGAUCAUCCGCCGGUUCCGGUGCGCUUAUCAUUCCGCGCCCAAAUUCUGGGGCAUGUACGGCAAUAUCUUAAGCAGUUCCAGGUCGAUGCCAUCCAAUUCAUGCAUAAUUUUCUGGCAAAGGGAGAAUUUUGUGUUUACAACGACGAAAGUGGAUUGGGUAAACAAGCCGCGGUAGCUGUGCUGUUGGAUUCUGCUUGUGGCAAUAAGAAAUCACUGAUAGUCGUGCAAAAUGAUGAUCUUUAUAUUCAUGGAUGGGAGUUCCAUUUCAGCGUUUUGACCAAUUGCAGUGUUACAGUCAUUAAGGACAACAAGGAUACUACGGACUCCCCACAUAACAUAUAUCUGGCCAAAUGGAGUACGCUGAGGACAAUCGACGAUUUGAGUAAAUUCGACUUUGACUACAUUAUUUUGGACAAUCGAGGGCAAAUGCUAAACAACACUUUCUGCAUGUCAAUGCUGUUAAAACACUAUGAACGGAAAAUCAAUAUAUUGAUCUCAAGUGUAGAUAUAACAAGCGAUCUUAAACUUCUCCAUAAUAUUCUCAAACUUGGUGGACGUUUGGAACCACGUUAUGCAAAUUUUAAACAAUUCGAAGACAAAUUCAAACUUCCCGAUGCGAAGGAGCUAACAUACAAAAAAGUGGAUCUUGAAGAAUAUUUCCUUAAGAGAGAACGUUUAGCUGAUUAUUGCAAAAACUUUCGUCUACGCCGCUACUGCCACCAAUAUGAGCAACAUUUGCCUUUGGUCACACCGGAUCGUUAUAAAAUUAAUUUGGAUGUAUUUCGUGAAAAACAAACUGCCACGAAUUCUGAAAACAGUAGUGUAGAGAUAUCGUCUCAAAAUCGUCAAGAUGAUAGAGUACGGGAUACCCAGGAAUUAUUCGAGGAGUAUUGUCGACAGAGGCGAAAACAACAGGAAAUUCAAAAGCAAAAAUUAGAGCAAAAAAAGAAAGAGCAAGCAAAAUUGCAAGAACAACAAAAUCAGCUGAAAGAAAAGGAAUUGGAAUCAGUUUGUGAUGUUGAUGACGAAGUGGCUUUCAUUAAUUACUCACCUCCACCGCCUGUAGUGCACGAUAAACCACCUACAACAAGAGAAAAUUCUGAUGAGGCAGUUUUGAUGUCACCUUUGCUGCUGGUCUCUGACUCUGAGGAUACUGAAGAUGUUCCAGAAAUUUGCAAUGAUCCUGGCGAUGAAGCGAAUAUUGUUGACCUAUCCACAGACGACGAUGAAAACGGGAAAAAUAAUGAAACGUCUAACGCAAGUAACGAGAACAACGAAAAAGAAAAGACAUCGAGUGAUAAAACAUCAAAUAAAACGACAAGAAAGUAUAAAUGUGUGCGCAAUGAAAUCGACAGAUUGAAAGCAGAUGUUGCAACAAAUCUGAAAUUUCAAAACGAAACUACACCGAAGCGGAGGACUCGUCAUGCCGAUGAUAAUCGUUGCAUAAAUAGUAGUAGAAGGCGUAAAAAUGAAGUGGAGGAGGUGACUACUCCCAAACAAGGGUCUAGAAGUUCUAGUGAAACAAACAAAAAAUCAUCACCAAGAGAUACGUCAAAUGAAAAGAAAAGAGACAGUUCUUCAAAGACAAGCACAGAUAAAGAAAACAAAAGAAAUGAAACUUCUUCGAUAGAGCGCGGAACAAAUGAUAAGGAUAAAUGUCCUGACAAUUCGUCUGAAAGUAAUAAAAAAUCGAAUGAUUUGACACCACGCACAUCCAGAUCGAUAAGAAAAAUUGAUCUUACAUCAGAAACAGCAACCUCUCCUGCCACGAACAAAGCCAAGAAAAGUCUCACCACGCGAAACAGUAGUUCUACUGAAUCAACUAAAAAAUCCACCACAAUUGAUCCCAAUGUCGUUAUUAAAACUGAACCAGAAGAUAAUCCACCAAAAACAACAUCAUCGACGUCGUCUAUAAAACGACCGACAACAAAGGAGAUGACAGCAACUUUGGAACGUAUAAAAAGAGAACUUGAUAUUGAUCGGGUCGUUAUCUACACCAGAGAUACACGCAGUGCAAAACGUUCAACAAGGUCGGCUGGUUGUCCCAGCAGACUUUCUGCAAAAAAUGCAUUGUUUCACAAUGAAAAACCCAAAGCUAAAAAGACAUCCCACGAUAAGCAGGAAAAUAAGACUAAUGGGCAAAAAUCAAAUGCCCAGGCGAAGAGCACCAAGUCCAAUGAAAAUGAUAUUGUCGAUACACAAGCGCCCAUUAUUUCGAUGACGUGCUCACAAGACUUUGAUCCUUUGCAAUGUGCUCAGCGUCUAAGUAGUGUUGGUGCUUCAGAAAGUAAUAGCCAAAGGAAAUCCACAUCUACAUCUUUUCUUGUACCGCCAGUUCCUGCAAGAAAUUCUCUAAUUCCUUCAUCAAUUAAUAGUUUCUUUGGCGAUUCAGAGGUUGUAUUUGUUCCACCAACUUCAACAUCAAGUACAACCAAGGCCAAUAAGAGCGACGUUAUUGUUCUGUCGGAAUCCGAAGAAAACGAACAGCUCUCUUCGCUGCAAUCAACUGCUACCAGUCGUCGCACAAGAGCCCUCAAGCCAAGGAAAACACGAAAUAAACCCGAGGAGGUGGCUAGUCAAGUGCCCACAUUUUCACAACUAUUGGGACAACAAAACACACGUGCAAGUGCCAAAUCUCCUGAUCUCUUUAGUAAUUGUUCAGAUUUGACUCCAAUGCCAUGUUCCCAAAAUGCCAAUAUUAAUGAAGAGCCUAGCGCACCCUUCGAAGGUUUCAAAAUCUUUGGGUCUGAAGUCAAGCAGUUACAACAACAUUAUGCUACAUCAAAGACACAAAAUGCCAGCAAGGGGAAGAAGUCACAGAGAGAUCGAAGUUGUUUGGACAUCUUGGAAAAUAUGUUUGAGCCUCCGAAUAAAAAGCAAAAAACAAAAGUCAGCGAUAAGGAAGCCGGCGAUUUGUCUGCCACGGCCAAGACUGCAAAGAGUAGCAAUACACAGCCAUUGAGAAAUAACGCACAAAAAACAAGAGUACAAGUGCCCAUAGUACCGCAUCAUCCGAUAGAAGCUAUUGCCGAAGCCAAGGCCCAACAGGAAAAGCGUAUACGUUCCCUGGCGCCAUCUUCUGUAAAUGAAGAUGAGAUAUUUGAAAUAACAAACAAUGGUACAUUCGGUAGUGUUUUGCGUCUACAUUCAAAUGGAGAAAUCUCGCCAGUGCAUCACACACAAAAACCACAACCCCAGCAUAAUAAAAUCACCAAAUAUUUUCAGGGAGGUCUAACACAAAAUGUUACAAGUUCUCAGGAGGAUAGUGGCAAUAACUCAGAGGCUGGUACUCCGAGUAAAAAACCCCAACAACAACAACAACCCAAUGCACAACAAUUGACCAACACACAAUAUGCGAAUUUAAAGAAAUCACCCAAGCAAAGAUGUCCCACCACGACCCAAGCAACAAAAUUAACGAAAUGGUUUACCACAAAUGCCAAUCAAGACAGAGAAAUACAAACGCAGGUUUCUAAAAGUCUAACUUCGUCCGCAGUUACAAAGCAAUCGAGUAAAAGAAGACGUCGUUUAGACUUGACCCAGGUAACAAAUGACAGUGACUGAGAAGCAAUUAUAAUUAUUAAUUUUUUUAAUAUAUGUGUUUCUAUUACUUUUUCGAAAGUAAUGCAUUUUAGUUAUUUUAAUUCAAUUAAAUGCUUUAUCAGUCUUUUAAUUUUAGCUCUAGAAAUCAUAUAUAUUUGAGAGAGAAUUCAAUCCUAGUACAAAUUAAAUGCAAAUCAUUUACAUCUUUCUUUUAAUUUCAUUUCUUCAUAACCAAUCAAAAAAAAAAAAAAAAAAAAAAAACACCAAAAUGAAUUCAAGUACAAAUUCCAACAUGGAUAAAUAAAUACAAUUACGAAAUUUAACAAUAAAUUAAAUAAAUGGAGUAUACUUCAAAAAACAAUUUGGGAAAAAUACAAUUAAAAUUAAUAUCGAUAAAAAAAUAUUUUUUGGAAAUCUUCAAAUGGAUGAGUCUGUGAGGUCGGAAAAUAUUAAAUAUUUAUUGCAGAGAUUUAAGUUUGUUUUAAUACUUUCAGAAAAAGUAUACAAGGAACACUAUUAAUAUUUGCCAUUUUUUAGCAUAGCAUCAAUCAGAAUCAUUUGAUUAUUUGAAGAUGACAAAUAACUCAAUGACAAUGACUGCAUCCUGCAUUGAUAAUCAAAUAUUUCCAAAAGGGUUUCCAUUUGGCAAUUUACCUAAAGCAUACACAUCACUGAUAUAUUAGACCGACAUGAAGUGUCAUUUCGCACUGGUUCCUCCCACGUUUGUUCUCUUCUAGUUUUCGGCUAUAAAUAUUCCUAAAACAGAGUAGGAAAAUUUGAAUUAUUAAUACACCAAACUCCUAACUCCUAUAUAUUGUCAUGAAUUCGAAGGGACCGACUAAGGCCUAUGUCCUAUAAAAGUGUUUUAUUACAAAUUCUAUACCAAGAGAACUUUAUGAACUUCAACGCAAUUAUUUACAUCGAAUCAAGUACCAUUCAUAUUAAAAUGGAUAGAAGUGAUUUUAAAGAUUUUAAUUAAAUUUUUAUUUGUAUUGCAUCAAAUUCCUGUUUUACAUCAUUACUGUAUGAAUGUUAUUUUUCGUUUUUAACUCCGUAUUUUUUUGAAAAAAAUCGUAUUGAACGAACAGUAGAAAUGUUUAACUUGAUUUGUGGAACGUUGUAAAGUCUGGGGCUGAAUUUUUUGUUAUUAAAUGAAUAUAGGCAAUGAUGCGUGAAUUAUUACGGAUUCAAGCAAUCCAAUAAAAUGUUCACAUAAAAAUAUGGGUAACUAUUAAUUUAAAUGUGUUCCGGUUUCUGGAUUCUUGCUCUAUAAACAAAAGAAAUGAAAAUUAUUUCCUUUAUAAAAUUGUUCAUUUGACAUUUCUUUUCUUAAUACAAGAUUUCAUUUCACAUCUUUAUAGAACGAGAAUUGAGCAGCUGGAAAGUGCUUUGUUCCAGAACAUGCAAGAAUUUACUAGUUUUGCAAUUUUCUUCGAUAUCAAAAAGGAAAAAUCGGAAAAUCAUAGUAAAAACGUUAACAUUCUUGCAGUUCUGGAACAGACCAAAGGAUAUAUAUUUCAGAAUAUACAUUUCUUUAGGGUUUUGUUCAGAUCAGAGAUAUUCUACUGUAUUUGUAAUAUAAGUCGAAAAGAACGUGUUUGAAACAUACAAAAAUUUGAAAUAAAAAUAAAUAAA